GCCAUGAGUAAUCAGACCCUGGUGACAGAAUUCAUCCUGCAGGGAUUCUCAGAGAUGCCACAGCUCCAGGCCCCUCUCUUUGUCCUCUUUCUCAUCCUCUACUCAGUGGCCCUCUGUAGCAACUCCCUCUUUGUGACUGCCAUCAUCUUCAGCUCUGGGCUCCACACCCCCAUGUACUUCUUCCUGGUCAACUUGGCUGUGUUGGAUGUGGCCUGUGCAUGCACUGUGGUGCCCAAGCUGCUGGAGACCCUGGUGGCAAAGAAGAGAACCAUCUCCUAUGAAAGCUGCAUGACCCAGAUGUUCUUCCUAUCAUGGUCCGUGGCCGCAGAGGUGCUGCUCUUCACUGCCAUGGCCUACGACCGUUAUAUGGCCAUCUGCCAACCCCUGCACUACAGCACCCUGAUGAGCCUCCGGGUGUGUGCGGCACUGGCUGGAGCUGUGUGGAGCAUCAGUGUGCUUGGUGCUGGCGUCAACACCUGCCUGAUGUUGCGUCUCACCUUCUGUGGGCCCAAUGUGAUAGACCACUUCUUCUGUGAGAUCCCCCCCCUCCUGCUGCUGUCCUGCUCCUCCACGUAUGUCAACAACAUCAUGACCAUUGUGGCAGACAUCUUCUUUGCUGUGUUCAACUUCCUGCUCACCAUGGUGUCCUAUGGCUUCAUCAUCUCCACCAUCCUGAAGAUUCGGACAGCCGAGGGGAAGCGCCGUGCCUUCUCCACCUGCUCUUCUCACCUCACUGUGGUCACCAUGUACUACUCCACUAUCAUCUACACCUACCUGAGCCCAGGCUCCAGCUACUCCCCAGAGAACGGCAAGAUCAUGGCCGUGCUUUACUCCACAGUGAGCCCUACCCUGAACCCUCUCAUCUACACCCUCAGGAACAAGGAUGUCAAGGCAGCUCUCAAGAAAGUCUUCACAUUCUUAGCAGAGAAACUGUAA